CUGAAGAUGGAACUCACCAUCUGAGGAUAAUUCAGCAAGCGUUGCCUGUGAUCUCGAGCCAAUUCUGACCCUAAGAUGGGAUCGACGUUCAGGGAUCGGACGGCUGAGUUUUAUUCACUGUCCCAAACGUUGAAGAAGAUCGGAGUGGUCCCGUCUGUCCAUCAAGCUGAAGAUGAUCCGGCAACCUCCAAACGAUCGCCGCCGGGAUCUUCAAGAUCCGAAUUCAACAAGAAGGCUUCCCAGAUCGGUGUACGUAUUCAGGAAACGUUUCAGAAGAUCGCGAGGCUCGUUAAAUUGGCAAAACAAUCGUCGAUUUUCAAUGACCGGACUGUGGAAAUACAGGAGUUAACUUUGGUGAUCAGGAACGAUAUCACGGGGCUGAAUAUGGCUCUCUCGGAUCUGCAAACCCUUCAGAACCUGGAGAUUGCUGAUGGGAAUUAUUCACAGGACAAAGUUGGUCACUACACAGCUGUUUGUGAUGACUUGAAAACCAGACUUAUGGGAGCGACAAAGCAACUUCAAGAUGUUCUGACUACGAGAUCAGAGAACAUGAAGGCUCAUGAGAACCGGAAACAACUCUUUUCCACAAAAAACGCAGUAGUAGAUAGUCCUCCUCAGAAUAAUGCAAGAUCUGUUGUACCUGAGCCUCCUCCUUGGUCAAGUUCAUCAAAUCCUACCGGAAAUUUACAACAACCACUAUUGCCGCCAUUAAAUAGUGGAGCUCCUUCAGGUAGCCAACUCAGACGCAGAUCUGCAAUCGAGAAUGCUCCUUCGCAGCAAAUGGAGAUGUCCAUGUUACAGCAAACAGUCCCAAGGCAGGAGAAUUAUAGCCAAGGCCGAGCUGUUGCGCUGCACAGUGUCGAAUCUACAAUAACAGAGCUCAGCGGAAUAUUCACGCAUCUAGCUACGAUGGUCACUCAACAGGGAGAGCUAGCUAUCAGAAUCGAUGACAAUAUGGAUGAAUCGUUAGUUAAUGUAGAGGGAGCACGCAGCGCUCUUCUGCAAUAUCUCACUCGGAUAUCAUCAAAUAGAUGGCUCAUGAUCAAGAUCUUCGCUGUUAUCAUCUUGUUCCUCAUUGUUUUCCUCUUCUUUGUGGCUUGAAAGUUGAAACGACAAGGUUGCAUCUCUUGAGAGAUCCUGUGGUGUAUCAAAUCCAGCGCUAAAACUUCAGCUAUACACAUGUUAAGCUUGCAAGCUUUUAGGGCUCCUUUUAUUCUUUUGUUUGUAAAGUUUCAAUUUUUUUGCAAGAUUCGAUUGGAUUUUACCAGGAAACUUUUGAUGAUAUAAAAAUUUAGUUUUUG